AUGCCAGCAUAUCCAGUCGCGUCCAGCCCGAAAGAGCACACUGCUGCACUGGCCCACUUUGAAGGACACGGAAGCUUCUUCAGCAUGUACGGACCGCCUGUGGGCGAACAGACCGCGCAAAUGCAAGUGCUGCCGGCCUGCGUAGGCGAGGAGGACCCGGGAGCGCCAGAAAGGCGUGCGAGCAUGUGCAUGAGGCCCGGAUGCGACGUACUCGGACUCACGCUUUGGGGUUUUCGCGAGAUAACGCUCAUGCAGGUACGGACAGCCACAUGUGCUCGUAUCCACGAGCCCAGAUACUACGCCGUACACAGUAAGAUACUUUGCAUGUACGGAGUACUCAACGACGCGUCCAAGUACGACUACUCGAGCAGCCAGUGGAUAAAUGUCCCGGCCCCUGGUCCCAAUCCCCUGUCCAACGCAUGCACGGACCUUGGCUUGGUCACGGAGGAAGGCCAAAUGGACAGAUGGAUUGGACGGCGUGGUUGA